CCUAUGGUACCUAUUAAAAUUAAAGGAUAAUCAGGCCAUUUAUUUUAGAUUCGUGGAGAGUUUCCAAAAGAAAGGUCUUGUAUUGUGAUUUACAGCUAAAAUAACCAUUUGUGAAAACAACCAUGGUAAACUGUCAUUCCUUGAAAAUAUCCAUAAAAUAAUCAGAUUUUAUGUCAAUCUAGCUUCGGCCCUCCAGACUUCUGCUGGUCCAGGAAAAAACAUCAAAUCUGCUCCACUCUUUCUAGCCAUGCAUUUCACGUUGUUUAAUAAAUAUGAGCCCUCGCUUCACUUCCACGUCUUCCACGUCUUCCACGUCUUCCACGUCACGUACUCGCCUCUCCAUCUGCGAGUAUCAUUACUUACGCCUUUUCAAGAUUGAAUUUCGAAACCGGAAAGCGCUAAAUUACUGAGCGUCCCACUAUAAAAUCUAUCUCUGUCUCUCCGUGUCCUUCAUUUUUAAAAGAGAAGCGUGCAGCGAGUUUUUCCGUUUCUAGCUUGUAUCUCGAAAGAACUCGCUCGAACGUGACCCUCCAUACGAAAUCGCGCGCGUAAUCUUUAUUUUGCCGAAAUGCGCUCACAUCGGGCUGUCCAGCUCUCCCAGUAUUUUUUGCAAAAUUUAGACGAGACUUUGCUUUUAUUACUAUCACUUAAAGCAGUUCUCUGUGUAUUCUUCUGAGAAAAUUGCACGUGUUUUUCUCUUUUCCUUUGUUUGUUGCACAUGAUGAAUUCACUGGAAGGCGGUCAUGUCCAUAUUUGCAGUUCCGUACUUUCCUUAUUUGUCGAAUGGCACCCAUAAGGACAAACGCGUGGCGCAGUUCAUUCAUUUCGUAUGAGUGCCGCCACGAUAAGGUUGUGAGAUACUUGCAAAAGUCCAUUUAAUUUGAACCGUUCUCUUUAGUUGGAUAUUUCCAAGAUCACAGCCUAACAAUGUAUCGAACAGCCUUUCGCGCGGGCCGCCGAUUGUAUGCCAGCAAACUAUGGAAGACAGUGCAAAGUGAUUUUCCGUCGCGUUCUAGAACGAUCGGCGCUUCGGUUCUGCUAGCGCGUUCCUCUUCCAGCGCCAGCCAGAAGUUUAGUAUGAGCCAGAUAGCUCCUCCAACAGAUGCGUUUUCUCUUCGACAUAUUGGUCCUGAUGCGGCCGAGGAGAAAGAGAUGCUACGAACACUGAAUUUGCAGCAUAUAGAUGAACUGAUCGAGAGGACUUUACCAUCUACCAUCAAGUUUACAGGGCCUCUUGAGAUUGAUGAAGCAUUGAGUGAACCUGAUCUUUUGGAAAAGUUGCGACAAGUGGCAAAACAUAAUCAAGUUUGGAGAUCAUACAUCGGCAUGGGAUACUACAAUUGCCAUGUGCCGACAACAAUCUUGAGAAAUAUUUUAGAAAACCCUGGCUGGACCACGCCCUACACUCCAUACCAACCUGAACUGGCACAGGGGCGAUUGGAGUCCUUGCUGAAUUUCCAGACAAUGGUCAGCGACCUGACGGGGCUUGACAUUGCUAACUCAUCUCUUUUAGAUGAAGCAACAUCAGCCGCUGAGGCCAUGGCACUGUGCUAUAGGUACAACAAGAAACCAAAGUUCUUCGUAGAUCGGAAUUGCCACCCUCAGAUUAUUUCCGUUGUGGAGACCAGAGCUAGUACUCUAGGCCCUGAUGGUGAGGGUUUACAGGUGGUUAUCGGUGACAAAGAAUCUUUCGACUUUUCCAACCAAGAUGUCAGUGGUGUGUUGUUCCAGUACCCAGACACCAAUGGCAAAAUUGAUGACUUUUCUGAUCUGGUGGAAAGAGCUCAUGAUGCCAAGGCUUUAGCUGUAUGUGCCACAGAUCUUCUUGCUCUGACUAUACUGAGGCCUCCUGGUGAAUUUGGUUGUGAUGUUGCCAUAGGAUGCACACAAAGAUUUGGAGUUCCUCUCGGCUAUGGAGGGCCCCAUGCUGGUUUCUUUGCUGUGCGUGACAUGGGAAACUUGAAGAGGAUGCUUCCAGGGAGAAUGGUUGGUGUGACAAGGGAUGCUCAAGGCAAAUCAUGCUAUCGUUUAGCACUUCAGACACGCGAACAACAUAUCAGAAGAGACAAGGCUACAAGCAACAUCUGCACAGCCCAGGCCCUUCUUGCCAACAUGUCGGCAAUGUACACGAUCUAUCAUGGACCAAAGGGAAUCAAGAACAUUGCAAAACGUGUUCAUAAUGCAACUCUUCUGUUAGCUGAAGGAUUGAAACGUGCUGGACAUCUUCUGGAAAAUGAUUUAUUCUUUGACACUUUAAAGGUUACAUCAGGCAUUGGAGAUGCUUCAGACAUUCUUGAAAGAGCUAAACAGAGACAGAUCAAUCUGAGAAAGUUUGAUGAAAAAACUGUUGGUGUAUCACUGGAUGAGACAGUCAAAGAGAAAGACUUGGCAGAUCUUUUGUGGGUGUUUGGUUGCGACAGUUCAACUGAUUCCUUGGCUGCGAACAUGGAGGAAGUGCCUGUACACAGUAUUCUACAAAGUUCAUUCAAGAGACUUAGUGACUACAUGACCCAUCCUGUAUUCAACACUUACCACUCAGAGACAAACAUUGUUCGUUACAUGAAGUUGUUGGAAAACAAAGACAUCUCUUUGUGCCAUUCUAUGAUUCCUUUGGGCUCUUGUACAAUGAAACUGAAUGCCACUACUGAAAUGAUGCCAAUCACCUGGCCGAAGUUUGCCGAUAUCCAUCCUUAUGCUCCAGUAGAGCAAGCACAGGGAUAUCGCCAUCUCUACCAGGAACUGGAGAAAGAUUUAUGUGAGAUCACUGGCUUUGAUGCAGUGUGUUUCCAGCCUAACAGUGGAGCACAAGGUGAAUAUGCUGGGCUCAGAGCAAUCCGUGCCUACCAUGAACACAAUGGAGCUGAAAAUAGAAAGGUGGUGGGACUAUGCCGACCAGCUGACUAUGGCGCGGAUGUGAUGCACACUAACCUGCACAAAACCUUCUGUAUUCCUCAUGGGGGUGGAGGCCCCGGAAUGGGACCUAUUGGAGUGAAAAAGCACCUCAUUCCAUUCUUGCCAUCCCACCCUGUGAUCCCACCAGAGAGUACCGUUGGUGAAGGGGCCCAUCCAUUUGGGGUCAUCUCAGGAGCUCCAUAUGGUUCCAGUGCAAUUCUACCCAUUUCUUGGGCCUAUAUCAAACUGAUGGGCCCUAAGGGUCUUGCACAUGCGACCAAGGUUGCCGUUUUGAAUGCUAACUACAUGGCUGCCAGACUCCAGGAGCACUACGACGUUUUGUUCAUUGGAAAGGAUGGUUAUUGUGCCCACGAAUUUAUUGUUGACGCUAAAGAUUUCAAGAAGUAUGGUAUUGAAGCGAUUGACAUUGCCAAGAGACUUCAGGAUUAUGGUUUCCAUGCGCCCACGGUAUCUUGGCCAGUGUCCACUGCCCUAAUGAUCGAACCAACAGAGAGCGAGAGCAAAGCUGAACUAGACAGACUCUGUGACUCACUUAUAUCUAUCCGCCAAGAAAUCCGUGACAUCGAACAAGGCAUAAUGGACAAGACAAACAACCCAUUAAAGAAUGCGCCACACACUCAGGAUGUAGUGACGUCAGAUACGUGGGACAGACCGUACAGUCGAGAAGUUGCAGCCUUCCCUGCUCCGUGGUUGAAGGGUACUGCAAAAUUCUGGCCGACAUGUUCGCGAGUGGACGACAAAUACGGCGAUCAACAGCUGGUCUGCACAUGUCCGCCACUUGAGAGCUAUGAUUACGAGAAAACCAAGUCUUUUGCUUAAAAGAAAAUUUGACAACAACAUGAAAGAGAUGCUAGUUUACUUCAAUGUGUGUAGACCUAUUUGGGUAGAGAAGUUUACUUGACGAAUAGCAUCUUUCCACAAAUGAAAGCUGCUUGAAUUUUGUGGGAACCAAGCAAUGACCUGAAGCGGUCAAGUAGAACAAGAUUCUUCAACAUCGAGAUAAAGAAUCGAAAGAGCAUUUUUCUUCAAACGGGACGUUUUAGGAGGCAACAAUUUAUCACACUAGGAAAUGCAAAUAGAAUUAUUUAAAUAUUUUAUUGAACACCAUGUACGGAAUCAAUUUUCGGUUUGCCUUCUCUUCGUCACAUUCACCGCAAUGAUACGCUGAACGUAGUGUAAAAUAUUUCGAAGGCAUGUUCGUCUUGCAUACAUAGAAAUGGUAGAAAAAGAAGAAUCGCUACACACACUGGAAAACUUAGGAGGUAUAACGAUGCAGAAAUUAUGAUUUCCAACGUUUUGAUUAUACUUAAACAUGUCUAAACGAGUUUCUUUUAUCCACAAUGAAACUUGGCAGCAUUCCCCAAAUCUCCAAGGCCAUGUAAACUUGUAUGAAUGAUAAAACAAUGAAAGAUUUCUUGGGUGAAACAAAUUACUCACGCGCAAAAGCAAUAAUAUGAUUUUCAUUUGCUUAUAAUAAUAUAACUUUAAUUUGCUUGUAAUUGUGUAUUCUAAGUGGACGCUAAUACUGUCGAAUGUAAUAAGACAAUGAAAUGAAAAUAAAAUACCAUUCGUGCAUUGUA